GUGCGAUUAAAUUUUUUUUAUUUUUAUAUUUUUUAUUUUGACCGAAUGAUAGCAUUAGUAGGCUAAAUCCUCUACCACCAGUCAUGUCUGACGGCUUUAUAUCUACAUUUCCAAGCAAAUGCCAAAAGAAGACUUGAAAAGAGGGAUAUUUGUAAGUCAAUCACCGAGUAGCAAGUAAAGAUCAGUUUGGGGGCCUUUUACUUUUAAGUGCCAUCGUUUCAUUAGUAUUUUGCAAACUCUAUAACACCUUUAGCAAGCUCCAUAUGUUCCUUUUUAGCACGAAGCAGAGGAAACUUGGGAAGAAUCAGAAAAGAGGAAUGCAAUAUUGUUUGCUAGUUCAAAUGGCACUGUUCAUUGUGUUGUUAUGCUGUAUAAGCACAAUAGCGUCCGGAGCAGAAGCGCCGAUGGCAAAGUGUUUAAGCCGUUGCGGAAAUGUUAACAUACCAUACCCUUUCGGGAUUGGACCUAACAGCGAUUGUUACUUUGAUGAAGGGUUUGAAAUAAGCUGCAACAAGACAACCGGGAACGUGCCUGUCUUAAGACAAACCGGCCUUGAGGUACUGAAUAUUUCUAUUGCCGAAGGCACAAUUCAGGUCAAAAACCCUGUCACUUUCUUCUGUGGUGGGAACAGCAGUCGUCAACCGGCUAAUUUGAAGGGAACCCCUUUUGUAUACUCCGAGAGGCACAAUAGAUUCACUGCAGUGAGUUGUGGCUACCUUGUGUUGGUGGGCUCAGAUGAGUAUGUUGUUGGUGGGUGCAGGUCAGUUUGUGAGGGGACUGGUAUAAACUAUGGUAACUGUGAGGUUGGUAUAAAUUGUUGCCAGACUACCAUUCCACCGCAUCUCAGUGCUAUCAGUAUGCACAUCGAUACAGGUAUUAGAGCAAGAGGAGAUGAUUGUAACAAUGCUUAUGCAUUCCUUGUCGACAAAAAUUGGUUUGGGAGCAUUGCAAGUGUUUCCGAUUUCAGUGUCAAUGAGUAUCACGAGAACGUUCCUGUGGUUCUAAAGUGGAGCUUAAACUUUGACCAUACUUCUGACAAAUUCUUUCACAGAUUCAUCGGAAGAAAUGAGUCAAGGGCAGACGAUGAUCCAAUGCCCUGUUGCACAAAACUAAAUGCCACUCCCCUGUACGAUCAGUCAAGGCUUCAAUGCUUUUGCCCUCGGGGUUUCGAAGGAAACCCCUAUCUUGGCCACCCUUGCCAUGGUAAACCAACUCUCUACCAUAUCUUAAAAUUUUCAAUCCCCAGAUUAAAUUACAAUAUUUGUUUUAUUGGUCCCUGCAUUGCAGACAUUGAUGAAUGCACAGAUCAGAAAAUAUGCGGGAAUGGAGGAGCUUCAUCCUGUAUGAACAUUCCGGGGGGGCACACGUGCUACAUCGUGGCUCAAAGGACAAGGGUCAAGCUGAUCCUUAUAGGUCUUGGUGCGGGCAUGGGACUAUUGUUACUGCUUAUCAGCGCAUGGUGGAUACACAAAGUCCUGAAGAAAAGGAAGAACAUAAAACGCAAGCAAAUUUUCUUCAAACGAAAUGGUGGUUUAUUAUUAGAGCAACGAUUAUCUUCAGGUGAAGUUAAUGUGGAGAAAAUCAAGUUGUUCAAGUCGAAGGAGUUGGAGAAGUCUACCGACAAUUUCAACGUCGAUAGAAUUCUUGGGCAUGGAAGCCAAGGUACUGUGUACAAAGGCAUGUUGGCUGAUGGUAAAAUUGUUGCUGUAAAAAGGUCCACAAUUAUUGAUGAAAGCCAACUUUCAUAUUUCAUCAAUGAGGUUGUAAUUCUUUCACAAAUCAACCACAGACAUGUUGUUCAACUAUUGGGUUGCUGCUUGGAGACUGAAGUUCCGCUUUUGGUUUAUGAAUUUAUUCCGAACGGAACACUUUCCCAGUAUAUCCAUGAGCAGAAUGAGGAGUUUCCACUUACAUGGGAAAUUCGCUUACGAAUUGCCACAGAAAUUGCAGGAGCCCUUUUCUAUUUACACACCUCAGCUACCUUUCCCAUUUAUCACAGGGACAUCAAGUCUACCAACAUACUCUUGGAUGCAAAAUACAGAGCGAAAGUUGCCGAUUUUGGAACUUCAAGAUCAGUUGCCAUUGACCAAACUCACCUUACCACACUUGUACAUGGCACAUUUGGUUACUUGGACCCGGAAUACUUCCAGUCAAGCCAAUUUACGGAUAAAAGUGAUGUGUAUAGCUUUGGAGUGGUCCUUGUUGAGCUAUUAACAGGACAAAAACCAAUUUCUUCUAGCCGGUCACAAGAACAAGGCAGAAGUCUUGCUACAUACUUCAUUAUUUCAAUGCAGGAAGAUCGUCUGUUUGACAUUCUUGAUGCUCAAGUUGUGAAGGGAGGGCCUAAAGCAGAUAUCGCAAUAGUUGCUAACCUUGCAAGGAGGUGCUUGAAUUUAAGCGGACGAAAACGCCCUACAAUGAGAGAGGUCAUGGCAGAGCUGGAAGGGGUUCAAAUGGCGGAAAAGGCUACUUCUCACGGUGGAAAGAAUUACGAAGAGGUUGAAUAUCUGAGGACUGAAUCAGUUGAGCCAUGGGAUGUUAUUUCAAGCUCAACUGACACAGGGCCUGCAGUGGAUGGUGGUGCUGCUUCAUCACGAACGCAUGGAAUCCCGCUCUUACCUUUCAAGUCACUGUGAACAAUAAUUCUAUAUUUCUGUAUUUUUAAAUUUCUAAAUUUUAAAUAUUGUAAUGAAUGAUCCAGUUUCAUA